AUGGUAAGAGUUCAAAAGAAUAUUAAUCAAAAUGAGCCACAAAUAACUCAAACUGAACAAGAAAAAGCAAUUGAGCAAAUGAAAGAAUAUUUGAUGGGACCCCAAAUGCAAAGGAUAAGACAGUUUACGACUUACUUUGAAUGUAAAGACCCUGAUUGUGGUUAUCGGGAAAAGGAAUUUAUUAAAAUAAGCAAAAGAGAAAAAAGAAUAAGGCCAAUAAUCGAAGAAAUGGUUAAAUGUUUACUGGAAGAUGAAGAAGAUAUUGAAACUUUGCCGUUGGUUAAUUUUCCUGAAUUAGCUGGUGAUAGUGGAGGAAUUUGUGCUGGUUGA